GUAGCCGAGGUCGGAGCGCGGACUCGCUCCCUGGAGACUGCGGGAGCUCGUUCGCCAUGGCGGCCGGGCCGAUCUCCGAGCGGAACCAGGAUGCCACUGUGUACGUGGGCGGCCUGGAUGAGAAGGUUAGCGAACCGCUGCUGUGGGAGCUAUUUCUCCAGGCAGGGCCAGUGGUCAACACCCACAUGCCAAAGGACAGAGUCACUGGUCAGCAUCAAGGCUACGGCUUUGUGGAAUUCUUGAGUGAGGAAGAUGCCGACUAUGCCAUUAAGAUCAUGAACAUGAUCAAACUCUAUGGGAAGCCGAUCCGGGUGAACAAGGCAUCGGCCCACAACAAAAACCUGGAUGUGGGGGCCAACAUUUUCAUUGGGAACCUGGACCCAGAGAUUGAUGAGAAGCUGCUUUAUGACACUUUCAGCGCUUUUGGGGUCAUCUUACAAACUCCCAAGAUUAUGCGGGACCCUGACACAGGCAACUCCAAAGGUUAUGCCUUUAUUAAUUUUGCUUCGUUUGAUGCUUCGGAUGCAGCGAUUGAGGCCAUGAAUGGGCAGUACCUCUGUAACCGCCCUAUUACCGUGUCCUACGCCUUCAAGAAGGACUCCAAGGGUGAGCGCCACGGCUCAGCAGCCGAACGACUUCUGGCAGCUCAGAACCCACUGUCCCAGGCUGACCGCCCUCAUCAGCUGUUUGCAGAUGCACCCCCUCCACCCUCUGCCCCCAAUCCUGUGGUGUCAUCAUUGGGGUCUGGACUUCCUCCACCAGGCAUGCCGCCUCCUGGCUCCUUCCCACCCCCCGUGCCACCUCCUGGAGCCCUUCCACCUGGGAUACCCCCAGCUAUGCCCCCACCACCUAUGCCGCCCGGGGCCGGAGGACAUGGGCCCCCAUCAGCAGGAUCCCCAGGAGCUGGACAUCCUGGACAUGGACACUCACAUCCUCACCCAUUCCCACCGGGCGGGAUGCCCCAUCCAGGGAUGUCUCAGAUGCAGCUGGCCCACCAUGGCCCUCAUGGCUUAGGACACCCCCAUGCUGGGCCCCCAGGAUCUGGGGGGCAGCCACCACCUCGACCACCACCUGGGAUGCCUCAUCCUGGACCUCCUCCAAUGGGCAUGCCCCCCCGAGGGCCUCCAUUUGGCUCUCCCAUGGGGCACCCAGGUCCUAUGCCUCCACAUGGUAUGCGUGGACCCCCUCCACUGAUGCCCCCUCACGGAUACACUGGCCCUCCACGACCCCCUCCCUACGGCUACCAGCGGGGGCCCCUCCCUCCACCCAGACCCACUCCCCGACCCCCCGUUCCCCCUCGCGGCCCUCUUCGAGGCCCUCUCCCUCAGUAACUUCGCAUUCUCUUUUCUCCUGGUGUGUUCUCCUAACACCUUUUCAAUUCCUCGGACCAAUCAGAGUUGUGUAGCUCCCUGGGACUAAGGCACUGAUGCCUCUCAGGCCUCUUUUUUUUUUUUCUUUUUUUUAAGUAAUCUUUUCACAGGAGGUUUUAUUGUUUUCUGUGUUGGUCCUACGUGUUUUACAGAUACACAGAGAUAAUAAAACUAAACUCCUUGUUUAUUC